AUGGUUUCGGAAAAUUUGAGAUCUCCAAACGCCAUCCCUCCCCGCACCAGCUCAAACGGGCUCGGGAACGGUACGACGAUCGCCGCAAAGCCCGUAUUGCGACCCGUCUCCGAAGCCGACUGGAUCUCUCAGGGCAAGAGGCUUCACCCAACCUCUCCACACGCAACCAGCCCGACGACAGCUUCACCAGCUGCUCAAGGGCCUGCUAAAUUAUCUCCAGGCCGUGAACCGCCAACGUCAUUCGGGGAUGACUUGAUCUACAGUAGCCGACCAUCAUGGAGCAACGAGAAGGAAAAGAUUCUUGUCGGCCCCUUUGACUACCUCUUUGGACAUCCCGGCAAAGAUGUUCGCAGCCAUCUCAUCGCGGCGUUCAACGCCUGGCUCAGGGUGCCCGAUGAGAGCCUGGAGGUGAUUACCAAAGUCGUGGGCAUGCUCCACACGGCUUCUCUCUUGGUCGACGAUGUCGAAGAUUCAUCCCAACUGCGCCGCGGAAUUCCAGUCGCGCAUAGCAUAUUCGGUACGGCCCAGACAAUAAAUUCAGCAAACUACGUCUACUUUUGCGCUCUACGGGAGCUGCAGAAGCUCAAGAGCCCGCGCGCAAUCGACAUCUUCACCGAGGAGCUGCUCAAUCUCCAUCGCGGCCAGGGCAUGGAUCUCUUCUGGCGCGACACCUUGACCUGCCCCUCGGAAGAAGACUAUCUAGAAAUGGUUGCCAACAAGACCGGAGGCCUCUUCAGACUGGCCGUGAAGUUGAUGCAAGCCGAGAGCGACUCCAGCAAAGACUGCGUUCCCCUCGUAAACACAAUCGGUCUGCUCUUCCAAAUCCGCGACGACUACCUCAACCUGUCAAGCACGGCGUAUACACAAAAUAAGGGGCUCUGCGAAGACCUGACUGAAGGCAAAUUCUCCUUCCCCAUCAUCCACAGCAUCCGAUCGGAUCUGGAAAACCUUCAGCUGCUCAACAUCCUCAAGCAGCGCACCCAAGACGACCAAGUCAAGCGCUAUGCCGUCUCGUACAUGCAGUCCACUGGCACCUUUGCCUACUGCCGCGCCGUCCUCGCCGAGCUCACGACUAAAGCGAACAACCUCGUCGACGCGCUCGAUCAGGGUGAAGGGCUCGGCGCCAGCAUCAAAGCCAUUGUGGACAAGAUGGCUGUCGACUGA